CAAAGGCAGCGACGCCCGAGCCCGUGAAUGAAGCGCGGGAAGCGAAGCUCGUGACAGGUCGCCGCCGCGCGCGCACGUGACUGUUUGUUGCUGCGCGCGCAAGCGAUUGUUUGUUGGCGCGCGUCGCUCGAGCGCUGUCCCCAUCCAGCCUGUAUGUGCGAAGAGUGUGAGCGUGCACUAUUAAAAAGACAACCAAAUUCAAUCAGUCCAUUGCAAAUUAGGGGAAGUUUUAAGCGUGUUGCAGGCAGCAGAUUUGUCGACACAUUGAUUGAUUAGUAGACUAGUAGUAGAAGGCUUAGAUUCAUAAAGAUGGCUGGGUUGAUGACAGAUUUCGGGAACUUCACUCAUGCGGUCGUGCGGGCGAUUCCCGACUCCUUCGCCAAAAGCGCCCAGAGGAGAAGCGGCGGCGAACUGGACGUGAGCAAGGCGCAGCGCGAGCACGAGCUCUACAUCGGCGUGCUGAAGCACGAGCUCGGGCUGCGCGUGCUCGAGCUGCCGGCCGACGAGAGUCUCCCGGAUUGCGCGCUCGUGGGGGACGCCGCCGUGGUGUGCGGGGACACGGCGCUCAUCGCGAGGCCGGGAGCUGCCGCCAGGCGCAAAGAGACCGAAGCCAUGAGGAAUGCCUUGAAAGAGCUGAACUUGAACAUCGUGGACAUGGAAGACGAAUCAGCCACGCUGGAUGGGGAAGAUGUGUUGUUCACCGGCAGAGAAUUCUUUGUGGGUAUAUCAACAAGGACGAACCAGCGAGGGGCAGAAAUUCUUGCAGACACGUUCAAGGACUACGCCGUGUCCAUGGUUCCCGUGCAGAACGGACAGCGCCUGAAAAGCUUCUGCAGCAUGGCCGGCCCGGGCCUCGUCGCCAUCGGCUCCAGUGAACACGCGCAGAAAUGCCUGAAGGUCGUGCAGCAGAUGAGCGACCAUCGCUACGACAAGCUGACGGUCCCAGAUGAUGCGGCCGCCAACUGCGUCUACAUGAACCUCCCCGGCAAGGGCCACGUGCUGCUGCACUGCGCGCAGGAGGAGUACCCCGAGAGCGCCAAAGUUUUCGAGAAGCUGAAGGAUCAUUUGCUUAUUCCCAUCUCCAAUGCUGAGAAGCUGAAAGCCAGCGGUGCUCUAACCCGCUGCUCAGUGCUCAUCCACAAAAGGACGGAGAUUUGAGCGCGCUCCCUCGGGGCGGAGGGGCUGGGAGCUGGGUGGUCCGGACGCUGGACGGCGCUCUCAUUAGUCCUGCCGGGAGCGAGCAUUCACCCACGCGCGUCAGUCCCUGUGGACGUUUACAGCCCUUGCAGCAGCCACCUGAUCGUUCUGUGCACACAAAGGGUAGCUGCUUAAAGCUUCGUGUUGUAGACUAGGUGUAUGUCAUUUUUAGGCAGCACAUGUUAGGAACAGAAAGAGACCAAGCAGUUUUUGGAAAAGUCUCUUUCUGAGUACAGAGCAUAGAGAUUUUGACUCGAUUCAAAAUUUCCAUCAAAAACCAGGAGUCGCUGCUCUAUUUAUUAGGGUAGAUUUUACUUUCCUCAGUUAACUUGGUGCUAGUGAUUGUAUCUGCCAGUGUACCUUCUCACCCCUACAAGCGUCUCCCUGACAAAAUUCCAAAAAGCUUAAGAAGUUCUUGAUUAUUCCGUAUGCCUUUUGACAGUCGACCAUAUAUGUAUUUAUCUAACUAAGUGAUCCUGCAAGUAAAACGAACAGCUGCACGAGCUUUGAUGUUCAUUGCAGAACCGUUAAAUUAUUUGGGGCAGAACCUAUUUACGAGAGUCCUUUGGCAAGGAUAUCAGCGAUACCACUGUGACCAUAUAUUGAAGGUUUUCUGCAGGAAAAAAGCCUCACACAGGACACACAGAUGUUGGGCUUUCAGUCACAAGGAUGAGGUAACUAAUCUGGUUUUCUGUCCUUUUGGUUGAGGUGAUUCAGGCAAGCAAGGAUAACUAUGACAGAUAUGUUUAUUUAAAAAAAAAAAAAGAUUAACAUGCAUUUUUACACAAUAACACUAUACCUCUCCUUUUGAAACUGACUGCCUUAUUAUGAGCAUCCUGUCUAGACCAUCGUUUCUGUUCAAAAAAGGUACUUUCAUUUUGUUAGUUACCAGUACAAGAUUGAGAUUUCAGAUUUGACCUUGUCGAUGUGAUGAGAGUGACAUGCACAUAUAUCCCUGCAAUGUGAUGUGACAUUGUUUACGUUUAGCAGUUUGAUUCUUAUUUACUUACUUUUUUGUGCCAAAGACAUACUAAUAUAUACAUGUGUUAAUGUUUUAAUUUAAAAUGUUUUAUUAGAACUGAAUAAAAUGUUUUG